UGAAGCGUGUAGUCACAGCUGCGUUGACGGUCGCGGUUCGGCACAUUCUCCAGCAGCAGUCAGUCAAAGCAACGGACGGAAAGCAGCGGACAACCAGUGUUACGGAUUAUACAGUGGACAUUAUAACACAUUUCUCCUGCCGCCGUGCGCCCAGCCUGCUUAUAAAGUGUCAGCAUGUCCAGUGAGGUGCAGCCGAGGCCGGACGACAGCCCCAACACCAGUGGGGGUAGCUCGGAUGCCGAGCAGAGGGAGGCGGCUCCACCAGAGCAGCCGGGCCCCGAGCAGCGGGACCAGACCCAGCCCAAGAAGAAGGAGGCCAAAAUCUCCAGCAAGACCGCCGCCAAGCUCUCCACCAGCGCUAAGAGAAUCCAGAAGGAGCUAGCAGAGAUAACCUUGGACCCGCCACCAAAUUGCAGCGCUGGUCCUAAAGGAGACAACAUCUAUGAGUGGAGGUCGACCAUCCUGGGCCCUCCAGGCUCCGUGUACGAGGGAGGAGUGUUUUUCCUGGACAUCGCCUUCACACCAGACUACCCUUUCAAACCACCCAAGGUGACGUUCCGUACGAGGAUCUACCACUGUAACAUCAACAGUCAGGGGGUGAUCUGUCUGGACAUCCUGAAGGACAACUGGAGUCCUGCCCUCACCAUCUCCAAGGUCCUACUGUCCAUCUGCUCCCUGCUCACUGACUGCAACCCUGCCGACCCUCUGGUUGGAAGCAUCGCCACACAGUACCUGACCAACAGAGCCGAGCACGACAGGAUAGCCAAACAGUGGACCAAACGCUACGCCACAUAGACCAGCACGACUCCUCCAGGAUCCCUCACCCUACCCAACACACACACACACAGACACACACACACACACACACACACCUCCCCUCCUCUGAAAUCUAUGGAAGCACACCCGCUCCUGUCAUCCACCCUGCCCCCCCACCCCAGAGAAAUGAACUGUUAUUUGUUCCAUGCUGACUUGAAAAGCUUCUUUUUUAUACAAAGAGUCUAUUGGGAUUGUAUUUUCCAAUACACUGAAUGUUGAUAUGGUCAUGAAAAGCUUUAAUACUGUUAUUGUUCUUGUCGAUGUUGUUCUUAUUGUUAUUGCAUUGUUUAUAACAUUGUCGCCACCCUCGUCAUCUUCUUUAUCUAAAAGUGUGCGUGUAUUAUUCCCGUUUUCAUGUGAUGGUUUCAUGUAAAAAUGAUCACACUGAGUGAGUGCAUUCUGUUUGUUUUCUUUCAGUGGUUUUACAGCUCGAGGUCAAUAUUAGUGCAUGGCAUCAGGAUAUGUGUUCAUGCAGUGGACAUGUAGUCAUGGUAUUAUUUCUGUCCCGGCAGAGUUCUGGCAUGGAGUGAGCCCAUCACCAUGUAUGACGAUAGUGGUUAGUUUGCUGUACAUUUAAAUGCCUUGUGAGAAUACAUACUCAUUGAAUACUCAAUUAAACACUGGCUGUAAUGUGA